AUAUUUUUCAUAUCAACUACACUUCCAUAAAACUCCAUUUCAAGGGAAAGCAGGUGGUUUUGUACUUGGAUGCGGUUACGACCGUUUUCUAUUUUUGCUGAUGACGUAGUUUCGUGACGUCAUGAUGUGUCCUCGCUCGCUCGCUAUUUCUCUUACUUCCGGGUUUGUGGUGUGUUACUCUUUCCCAGUCUGUGAUCUUUAACACGCGAAACGCCGACACAACGCAAAAGACGCUUUGUGCAAUUAAGACGAGUCUGGCUUGCUGCCUGCAUCGCUACAGGUUAGGCCAACCAAGUGUUUUCAGGCCAUGCAUCAGUUCCCCACCCCAGUGCUGAUGCCCACCCCACCCCAGCCUACACCGGAAAUAGGGGGAUGGGUUCAAGACAGAGUGUUGGGCAGUGGUGGUUUUGGCACCGUCACACUGUGGAGACAUAAGGAAUCCUCUGAAACUGUUGCACUUAAGAAGACCAGGCAAGAGUUAAACCCAAAGAACAGAGAGAGAUGGAAAUUGGAGGUGGACAUCAUGAAACGGUUGAAGCACGACCACGUGGUCACUGCCAUGGACGUACCAGACCCUCUCAAGCCAAGCAUUGACCACCUGCCAUUUUUAGCCAUGGAAUUUUGCUCAGGGGGAGAUCUGAGAAAGGUACUUUCUCGGCCAGAAAACUACUGUGGAAUGAAGGAAAUUGAUGUCAGGAAUGUUGUGAGACAUGUUGCUUCUGGUGUAGAGUACCUCCAUUCCAAGAGGAUCAUCCACAGAGACUUGAAGCCAGAGAACAUAGUGCUACAGGAAGAGGAGGGAGGGGAGGUAGUGUACAAACUCAUCGACCUGGGCUAUGCCAAGGACCUGGACCAGGGCAGUGUGUGCUCCUCCUUUGUAGGAACCCUGCAGUAUUUGGCGCCUGAGCUCUUUGCUAGUCAGAGGUACACCAGAACGGUUGACUACUGGAGUUUUGGCACACUGGUGUUUGAGUGUAUCACAGGUUCCCGACCAUUCCUACCCAACAGGAACCCUGUUCAAUGGCAUCUUGAGGUGAAGAGAAGGAAGCAGGACACACAUAUCAGGGCUUAUGAAGAAAGGACAGGUGAAAUCAAGCUGGCAUCUGACAUCCCUGCCCCUCACCACCUGUGCCAGCCGCUGGUGGAGCGUUUUGAGUCCUGGCUGCAGCUGAUGCUGAGAUGGGAGCCGCAGGGCAGGGGUGGUGGUGGCAACAACAGAGCAACGUGUUUCGAACUUCUGGACUCCAUCUUGGACCUCAAGAUUGUCCAUGUGCUUGACAUGCACACAGGGCAGCUGUACUCCUACCCAGUAGAGGAGGAUGAGACUGUGGAGUCCCUGAUGAUCCGGCUGGCACUGGAAACACAAAUGCCUGUAGAACAUCAAGAGCUGAUGUUUUCCACUGGCAUGUCACCUGAUCCGAAUGGCAAAGUCUCCCAGUGCUGGGAGGAACCUGGCAAGGAUGACAACUUUGUGUUCCUGUUCAAUAAGAACUUCAUAGAUGAGUCAAAGUUUGUCUUCAAACCGCUUCCUGAGGUGGUGAAAGUGAUGAUUGCAGAACCACAUACGUUACAACCAUAUCCAGAGAGGAAAAAAUCGUAUGGCCUGUCAUACCACUACUGUAGACAGACAGCAGAUAACUAUAAUCAGCUGUUCAAAGGCAGCAGAGCAUCCAUGCUAAACCUCCUCCGUCUACAGAACACAAUGACCAAACUGGUGAAGGAAAUCUCCAGCAGCUUCUGUACAUACAAGGGACAAGCAGCACAUUUCAUGGCCAGCCUUGAGUGUGAUAUGGAGAAAUAUGCUGAGCAGUCUACAACAGGAAUAACCUCAGAAAAGAUGUUCAGGUCUUGGAGAGAAACACAGAAGGAAGUUGAGGCAGUCACCACAGUGCAUCAAGACGAGGUCCUGAAACAUGAGAGUGCCAGUACAGCUCUGCAGACUAAACUGGUCCAGCCUCAGAGGAGUCCGCUCGCUCGCAGGAGGCAGAUAGAGGAAUUGGAUGACAUAGCAAAGCAGGCAUUGACUCUCUUCAAUGAGCUCAGACAAACUCCCAGAGAAGACAGAAUGCAUUACAGAGACAGUCAGAAGAUGGUGAGAGUUGUGCUGAGCUGUGUCACAAAAAGAGACGUGCUUGUGAAGGACAUAUACACCCAUCUUAUGAAGCUGAUAGAGUUGAGAAAAGAAGUGAAGGAGUUGCUACCCAAGAUACAAAGAACUCUAAAGGACAUUGAAGAAUCCAGGAAAAAACUGACUGCAUUCCAGAGGAAGAGGCAACAGGACCUAUGGACUUUGCUGAAAGUUGUGAAGGUGCCUGGGAACUCCCCUGACCCUGGAGGAGUGGACAACAGGACCACCCCACCCCCCAGAUCCCUGUCCUCCAGCACUAGUAGUGUGUCUUCUGUCUACCUGGAGAAAACAUGUGAGGAAUCUAUGGUGACAAGAAAUGAGAACCAGGAUGUGAGAGGAAGGUUUUCGGAGAUGUUUAGCAGCAUCAUGAACCUGGAGUCUGACAGCUUCACUAACACACAGUCACUAGAUUGGAGUUUUCUCCAGGAUGCCAUGGAGGUCAGACAUGACAGAGACAGCACCAAAGAGUCUGUAGAGGAGAGUUUAUAAAAAUCUACUUCUGUACACUUGAUGCUGCUGCUGGGAAUACAAGCAGGACUGAAAUCCAUUGAAUGUUAACAAACUGGCCUGCCUACUAGUAGACUGAGAAACUUUUGUUGUCUUUAAAGGGGCAUUCCACUCCACACGGGAGUGUUAUUUUCCGAUAGAUAUAAAUUUUAGGGAGUGAUAACUGCAUACUACUUCACAUUAUAUAAUUAAGUACCCAGUUGCUCCACAUGCCUCAAAAGCA